AUGAGUGAUCGCCACAAAACUCCUCGAGUUUUUGCUAGUGGCUCUCAGAAGAGGAAAUUGCAAGCAGAACGUAAAAAGAAAUCUGAAGAAACUUUAGCUAAAACAUCCAAACUGACCAAUUUUUUAUUUUUAUCAAAUAAAGAAGAAAUCCCUCAAGAUCCUAAAAAAACAGUAGGAGAUUCAACAGAAGAUGAAGACGUGGUCGACAGUAUCCAAGAUCAUCCUGAGGCUGAGGUUUCAUCAAGUGAUAACACACAGUUUUCUAUAACUGAAUAUCAGCUCCAAGAUGAAGCAACAUUUUGCGGUCUCAAAAAUGACAUAGGUCUUUGGCCUGCUAAUAUAACAAAAUAA